AUGAAGCAUGCUAACAAGCACCCCGCGAAGGGGGAGGCUGUCGUGUACUGGAUGAGGAUGGAAGACCUGCGGAUCACGGAUAACAGAGCCCUUGCGUUGGCCUCGAAGCACGCUCAGCAGGAUGGGGUUCCUCUGCUCACGCUCUUCGUCUUGAGUCCGCAGGACUACGUUGCUCAUGACCGGAGCGCACGCAGGAUCGACUUCACUCUGCGUAACCUGCAGUCUAUAAGGUCUUCUCUGGCUGAUAAGCACAUCCCGCUCUACACGACGUCCCAUACUCCACGGACGACUCUGCCGGAUUACGUACUGUCCCUCCUGAAGCAGUGGAAGGCAACGACGCUCUUCGCGAACAUCGAGUAUGAGGUCGACGAAUUGCGGAGGGACAUCAAGCUGUGCGAGCUGGCGAAGAAAGACGGAGGGAUCGCUUGCACCUUUGUCCAUGACAGAUGCAUUAUCCCACCCGGUCAGGUACUCACCAAGGAUGAGAGAGGCUACACAGUCUACUCUCCUUUCCUGCGCUCCUGGAUCCCGCACUUGACGCCUAAAGGGAAGGACAGCCCGAUCGCCUGCGCCCCCGAUCCGGCGAGCAACACUCCCUCUGUUCGGGACCAUCCCGUGUACGGCCCGCUCUUCGACAACACCGUCCCCGAUGAAGUGGAAGGCUUCACGAUGGACGACGCCGAGGAAAGGGAGAGGAUCCGGAUGUGCUGGCCCGCUGGAGAAGAAGCUGCGAGGCUGAUGCUCGAUCGCUUCCUCCACACCAUGUCGCGCUCCUCGCAGCUAGGUGCCGUAGAUCCGCUCUCGGAGGGCGCCAAGGUCCCUACCAAGAAUCCUAACAAGGACAGCCGUGUUGGCAAGUACAAGGAUGAGAGGGACAGGCUCGACGCCGACACGACUAGCCGUCUGAGUCCCUACCUGGCAGCCGGUAUCAUAUCCGCUCGUACAUGUGUCCGUGCCACCACUGAGCUCUCCGCCAACAAGAAGAUAGACGUCAGUCGGGACACGGGCAUCGGUCGCUGGAACCAGGAGAUCGCUUGGCGCGACUUCUACAAUCACGUCCUCGCGCUCUUCCCUCGUGUGUCGAUGGGCCGCCCAUUCCAAGAGAAGAUGGCCAACGUCAAGUGGGAGUCCGAGACCCGCGACGGCCACUUGCAGGCCUGGAAAGACGGCCGGACGGGUGUGCCGAUUGUGGACGCGGGAAUGCUCCAGGCCAAGACCAUGGGCUGGAUGCACAACCGCGUGCGGAUGAUCGCCGCCAUGUACCUGACGAAGGAUCUCAUGAUCGACUGGCGACUCGGAGAGAAGUACUUCAUGGAGAUCCUCAUUGACGGUGACCUUGCGUCAAACAACGGCGGAUGGCAGUGGAGCGCCAGCACUGGCGUUGAUCCCGCCCCCUACUUCAGGAUAUUCAACCCGUAUACGCAGAGCCACAAGGUCGAUCCGACGGGAGAGUACAUCCGUACCUUCGUACCGGAACUGGCGAAGCUACGGGGUGAAGAGCUUCACAAACCGCCGCCGGGUCUGGCGGACAAGCUCGGAUAUCCCAGGCCGUUGGUGGACCAUGACGAAGCGAGGAAGCGCGCGAUUAGGCGGUACAAGAAUCCCGGGGAGGAAUGAGCGCCGUCAUGGCAUAGUCUACUGUACUAUGUACAUGGCAAUG